AUGCUCAUCACAAAUCAGCAUGAGAGGCGCAUGGCCGAUGUGGAAGCCGCAUAUGCGAAAGAUCAAGCGCAGCACGCAAGUCACUCAAAGGUACGAGGCAAAAACGCGCCACAAUAUUUGGAUCGAGGAACAUUGCUAUCGAAAAAGUACCGUCUUGAGAAGAAUGAUCGGCGGUGGAGGUUUCGGCCAGAUCUACAGAGCUAUAGACAUAGACAUGGGUACGGUAGUGGCAGCGAAGGUGGAACCGCAGUCGGAAGACGCUGGCCGCAUGGUGCUCGAGCAGAUGGUCCUCACAAAACUUGUCGGUACACGGCAUUCGCCGAAACUGUAUGCCUCGGGAUGGCUGAACAACUACAAUUUUAUCGUCAUGCAAAUGUUAGGACGAAAUCUGACAGAACUACGAAAAGCACAAGCAGAUCGUCGCUUCAGUGUGCACACGACAGUACGCGUUGGAAUGCAAAUUAUAGAAGCACUGAAAUCCGUGCACGAUUUAGGAUUUCUCCACCGGUA